GGUUACUGUGAUCUCAGCUCAAGAAAAAGUGCGAUAUCAUGGCAUCUAUCUGGGUUGGACCUCAAGGAACCAUAAAAGAUUAUCCAGGUUUUAGCCCAUCGGUGGAUGCUGAAGCUAUUCGUAAGGCAAUCAAAGGAAUUGGAACUGACGAGAAAACCCUCAUCAACAUUUUGGCAGAGAGGUCAAAUGCACAACGGCAGUUGAUUGCGAAGGAAUAUCAAGCUUCAUAUGAACAGGAGCUGAAAGAUGACUUGAAGGGUGAUCUCUCUGGCCACUUUGAGCACGUCAUGGUGGCUCUUGUGACUCCACCAGCUGUGUUUGAUGCAAAGCAGCUGAAGAAAUCCAUGAAGGGCACUGGAACAGAUGAAGAUGCCUUGAUUGAAAUUUUGACAACCAGGACAAGCAGGCAGAUGAAGGAGAUUGCUCAGGCCUAUUACACAGUAUACAAGAAGAGUCUCGGAGAUGACAUUAGUUCUGAAACAUCUGGUGACUUCCGGAAAGCUCUGCUGACUUUGGCAGAUGGUAGAAGAGAUGAAAGUCUAAAAGUGGAUGAACAUCUGGCCAAAAAAGACGCUCAGAUUCUCUAUAAUGCUGGUGAGAAUAAAUGGGGCACAGAUGAAGAUAAAUUCACUGAGAUCCUGUGUUUAAGGAGCUUUCCUCAACUGAAACUAACAUUUGAUGAAUACAGAAAUAUUAGCCAGAAGGACAUUGAGGACAGCAUUAAAGGAGAGUUAUCUGGGCAUUUUGAAGACCUACUGCUGGCCAUAGUUCAUUGUACGCGGAACACGCCUGCCUUUUUAGCUGGAAGAUUGCAUCAGGCUUUGAAGGGUGCUGGAACUGAUGAGUUCACUCUGAACCGAAUAAUGGUUUCCAGAUCAGAGAUUGACCUCUUAGACAUCCGACGUGAGUUCCAGAAGCAUUAUGGCUACUCCUUACACUCAGCAAUUAAAUCAGAUACUUCUGGAGACUAUGAAGCCGUGCUCUUAAAGAUCUGUGGAGAAGAUGACUGAAGAAGACAGUCUCUGAAGACCUGCUCCCACAGCAGACUUCUCUAACAGCUUUGUUACUUCUUUCUUACACCAUUCAAAAGUACAAGCAAGUGUAAAACAGUAACUUGUCUGCCUAGUGGAAAUUUCCACUGUUCUAGUACAACAGAAACAAAAGUGAUUAUUUGAGAGCAUUUCGUUCAUAAUGUAGUGGUUUAUAAGGGAAAUUUAAUAUAGUAUCCAAGACCUACUAACACUAUCCAAAUUCUAUUUUGCUUAAGAAAUCAGAAUCUGUGUAGUUCUGUAAGAAAUCAGAAUUUGUAUAGUUUCAAACUCUUAAAUAUAAAUCAGGAUAUUAAAAGUGGUUGCCUUUGUUAAAUGUAAUUUGUCUACUAGUUUUUAGAAUCUACCAACUUUGUGUGUAGCCUGGUGCCAACAAUCAAUGACAUUUUAAAAUAUAUUUUGUUGUAAAUGCU